CAGCAGCAGCAACAGCAGCAACAGCAGCAGCAGCAGAUGGCACGGAGCAGCCAGGAGGAGAAGGAGGAGAAGGAGAAGGAGAAGGAGCCCGACAAGGAGGAGGAGAAGCAGGAUGCAGAGAACGAGAAAGAAGAACUCAGCAAGGAGAAGACAGACGACACUUCUGGUGAGGACAAUGACGAGAAAGAGGCCGUGGCCUCCAAAGGCCGCAAAACUGCCAACAGCCAAGGCCGCCGCAAAGGCCGCAUCACGCGCUCCAUGGCCAACGAGGCCAACCACGAGGAGACAGCCACCCCACAGCAGAGUUCGGAGCUAGCUUCCAUGGAGAUGAACGAGAGUUCUCGCUGGACUGAGGAAGAGAUGGAGACGGCAAAGAAAGGCCUCCUGGAACAUGGGAGGAACUGGUCAGCCAUCGCCCGCAUGGUGGGCUCCAAAACGGUGUCCCAGUGUAAGAACUUCUACUUCAACUACAAGAAGAGGCAGAACCUGGACGAAAUCCUUCAGCAGCACAAGCUAAAGAUGGAGAAGGAGAGGAAUGCACGGAGAAAGAAAAAGAAGACCCCAGCUGCGGCAAGUGAGGAGACGGCCUUCCCACCUGCUGCUGAGGAUGAAGAGAUGGAAGCGUCAGGCGCAAGUGCCAAUGAGGAAGAGCUGGCGGAGGAGGCAGAAGCCUCGCAGGCCUCUGGGAAUGAGGUUCCCAGAGUCGGAGAAUGCAGUGGCCCAGCUGCUGUCAACAACAGCUCUGAUACCGAGAGUGUCCCAUCCCCGCGCUCGGAAGCUACCAAGGACACUGGGCCUAAGCCCACUGGCACUGAAGCAUUGCCCGCUGCCACCCAGCCACCCGUUCCUCCUCCAGAAGAACCCACAACAGCCCCUGCUGAACCCUCCCCAGCCCCUGAUGCCAGUGGGCCACCAUCCCCAGUGGCUUCCCCAUCACCUGCCGCACCCCCGACUACUGUUGACAAGGAUGAACAAGAAGCCCAGGCUGCUACAGUUCCCCAGACGGAGGAAGCCAAGGAGCAGAAGUCUGAGGCAGAGGAGCUGGUGAUCGAUGUGGGAAAGACAGAGGAGCCCGAGGCUCCUGAGGAGCCACCGGAGAGUGUAAAGAGCGACCACAAGGAAGAGACUGAGGAGGAGCCUGAAGACAAAGCCAAGGGCACAGAGGCCAUUGAGACUGUGUCUGAGGCACCACUCAAGGUGGACGAGGCUGGUAGCAAGGCAGCUGUGGCCAAGGGUUCCAGCUCGGGUACCACCCAGGACAGUGACUCCAGUGCCACCUGCAGUGCCGACGAGGUGGACGAGCCCGAGGGAGGUGACAAGGGCAGGCUGCUGUCACCAAGGCCCAGCCUCCUCACCCCAGCCGGAGAUCCCCGGGCCAGUACCUCGCCCCAGAAGCCACUGGACCUGAAGCAGCUGAAGCAGCGAGCAGCCGCCAUCCCCCCUAUUGUCACCAAGGUCCAUGAACCCCCCCGGGAGGACACAGUACCCCCAAAGCCAGCUCCCCCUGUGCCUCCACCCACGCAGCACCUACAGCCAGAGGCUGACGUGUCUCAGCAGUCCGGAGGAAGUCCACGUGGCAAGUGCCGGAGCCCAGUGCCUCCUGCUGAGAAAGAGGUAGAGAAACCCUCAUUCUUUCCGACCUUCCCAACUGAGGGUCCGAAGCUACCUACUGAGCCCCCACGCUGGACAUCGGGCCUGCCUUUCCCCAUCCCGCCACGGGAGGUGAUCAAGACUUCCCCACACGCCGCAGACCCCUCUGCCUUCUCCUACACACCCCCCGGUCACCCACUGCCUCUGGGCCUCCACGAUAGUGCCCGGCCCGUCCUGCCACGCCCCCCCAUCUCUAACCCCCCACCCCUCAUCUCUUCCGCCAAGCAUCCCGGCGUACUUGAGAGGCAGCUGGGUGCCAUCUCCCAGGGAAUGUCAGUACAGCUUCGUGUGCCUCACUCCGAACAUGCCAAGGCCCCCAUGGGCCCUCUCACCAUGGGGCUGCCUCUUGCUGUGGACCCUAAGAAGCUGGCCCCCUUCAGUGGAGUGAAGCAGGAACAGUUGUCUCCUCGGGCUCAGGCUGGGCCACCUGAAAGUCUGGGAGUACCCACUGCUCAGGAGACCUCUGUGCUGAGAGGGACAGCACUGGGCUCCACCGGCAGUGGAAGCAUCACCAAGGGCCUCCCCAGUUCCCGGGCUGCAGAUGGCCCCAGCUACCGAGGUUCUAUCACCCAUGGCACGCCAGCGGAUGUCCUCUACAAGGGUACCAUCAGCAGGAUCGUCGGCGAGGACAGCCCAAGUCGCCUUGACCGGGCGCGAGAGGACACCCUGCCCAAGGGCCAUGUCAUCUAUGAGGGCAAGAAAGGCCAUGUCCUGUCCUAUGAAGGUAGUAUGUCCGUGUCACAGUGCUCCAAGGAGGACGGAAGGAGCAGCUCGGGCCCGCCCCACGAGACUGCCGCCCCUAAACGCACGUAUGACAUGAUGGAGGGCCGUGUGGGCAGGACCAUCACCUCAGCCAGCAUCGAGGGACUCAUGGGCCGUGCCAUCCCUGAGCAGCACAGCCCCCACCUCAAGGACCAGCAUCACAUCCGAGGCUCCAUCACGCAAGGCAUCCCGAGGUCAUAUGUGGAAGCCCAGGAGGACUACUUACGUCGAGAGGCCAAGCUCUUGAAGCGAGAAGGCACGCCACCACCCCCACCGCCCCCUCGGGACCUGACUGAGACCUACAAGACCCGACCCCUGGACCCUCUGGGUCCCCUGAAGCUGAAGCAAACUCAUGAGGGUGUGGUAGCGACUGUGAAGGAGGCUGGUCGCUCUAUCCAUGAGAUCCCUCGAGAGGAGCUGCGCCGCACACCUGAGCUUCCCCUGGCACCACGGCCUCUGAAGGAAGGUUCCAUCACCCAGGGCACUCCACUCAAGUACGACUCCGGGCCGCCCCCCACUGGCACUAAGAAACACGAUGUGCGUUCCAUCAUCGGCAGCCCCGGCCGGCCUUUCCCUGCCCUGCACCCACUGGACAUAAUGGCUGACGCCCGGGCACUGGAGCGUGCUUGCUAUGAAGAGAGUCUGAAGAGCCGGUCAGGGACUACCAGUGGUGCAGGGGGCUCCAUCACUCGCGGGGCCCCGGUCGUUGUGCCUGAGCUGGGCAAGCCACGGCAAAGCCCACUGACCUAUGAAGACCAUGGGGCACCCUUCACCAGCCACCUGCCACGUGGCUCACCUGUGACUACGAGGGAGCCCACGCCACGCCUUCAGGAAGGCAGCCUCCUAUCCAGCAAGGCGUCCCAGGACCGGAAGCUGACAUCGACACCCCGGGAGAUCGCCAAGUCCCCACACAGCACCGUCCCCGAGCACCAUCCCCACCCCAUCUCCCCCUAUGAGCACUUGCUCCGGGGUGUGACUGGCGUGGAUCUGUACCGUGGCCACAUCCCAUUGGCCUUUGACCCCACCUCCAUACCCCGAGGGAUCCCCCUGGAAGCAGCAGCCGCAGCCUACUACCUGCCCCGGCACUUGGCCCCCAGCCCCACCUACCCACACCUGUACCCGCCUUACCUCAUCCGCGGCUACCCUGACACCGCGGCCUUGGAGAACCGCCAGACCAUCAUCAAUGACUACAUCACCUCGCAGCAGAUGCACCACAACGCCGCCUCUGCCAUGGCCCAGCGCGCCGAUAUGCUGAGGGGUCUGUCCCCGAGAGAGUCCUCACUAGCCCUCAAUUAUGCCGCUGGCCCACGAGGCAUUAUCGACCUGUCCCAAGUGCCACACCUGCCCGUGCUGGUGCCACCAACGCCAGGCACCCCUGCCACCGCCAUUGACCGCCUUGCCUACCUCCCCACCGCGCCCCCACCCUUCAGCAGCCGCCACAGCAGCUCCCCACUGUCCCCAGGAGGCCCCACUCACCUAGCUAAACCAACCGCCACAUCUUCAUCGGAGCGGGAACGGGAACGUGAGCGAGAACGAGAACGAGACAAGUCCAUCCUCACGUCUGCCACCACAGUGGAGCAUGCACCCAUCUGGAGACCUGGUACGGAGCAGAGCAGCGGGGCUGGGGGCAGCAGCCGCCCCGCCUCCCACACCCACCAGCACUCGCCCAUCUCCCCCCGGACCCAGGACGCCUUGCAGCAGAGGCCCAGUGUGCUGCACAACACGAGCAUGAAGGGCGUGGUCACCUCCGUGGAACCCGGCACGCCCACGGUCCUGAGGUCUACCUCCACCUCUUCGCCUGUCCGCCCAGCUGCCACAUUCCCACCUGCCACCCACUGUCCACUUGGUGGCACCCUUGAAGGGGUCUACCCUACCCUCAUGGAGCCCGUCCUGUUACCCAAGGAGACGUCUCGGGUUACCCGGCCCGAGCGGCCCCGUGUGGAUGCUGGCCAUGCCUUCCUCACCAAGCCCCCGGCCCGGGAACCUGCCUCCUCACCUAGCAAGAGCUCCGAGCCCCGAUCCCUAGCACCCCCCAGCUCCAGCCACACAGCCAUCGCCCGCACCCCAGCAAAGAGCCUUGCACCCCACCAUGCCAGUCCGGACCCGCCGGCGCCCACCUCGGCCUCAGAUCUGCACCGAGAAAAGACUCAAAGUAAACCCUUUUCCAUCCAGGAACUGGAGCUCCGUUCUCUGGGUUACCACAGCGGAGCUGGCUACAGCCCCGACGGGGUGGAGCCCAUCAGCCCCGUGAGCUCCCCCAGCCUGACCCACGACAAGGGGCUCUCCAAACCUCUGGAAGAGAUGGAGAAGAGCCACUUGGAGGGGGAGCUGCGGCACAAGCCGCCAGGCCCCAUGAAGCUCAGUGCGGAGGCUGCUCACCUCCCACAUUUGCGGCCACUGCCCGAGAGCCAGCCCUCGUCCAGCCCACUCCUCCAGACUGCCCCAGGCAUCAAAGGUCACCAGAGGGUAGUCACCUUGGCUCAGCACAUCAGUGAGGUCAUCACACAGGACUACACGCGCCACCACCCGCAGCAGCUCAGCGGCCCCCUCCCCGCCCCUCUCUACUCCUUCCCUGGAGCUAGCUGCCCUGUCCUGGAUCUCCGCCGCCCACCCAGUGACCUCUACCUCCCACCCCCGGACCAUGGCACCCCAGCCCGGGGAUCCCCCCACAGCGAAGGGGGCAAAAGGUCCCCAGAACCCAGCAAAACAUCAGUCCUGGGCAGCAGCGAGGAUGCCAUUGAACCUGUGUCCCCACCAGAGGGCAUGACUGAGCCAGGACAUGCUCGGAGCGCUGCGUACCCACUGCUGUAUCGGGACGGGGAACAAGGGGAGCCCAGGAUGGGUUCCAAGUCUCCAGGCAACACCAGCCAACCGCCAGCCUUCUUCAGUAAACUGACUGAGAGCAACUCCGCUAUGGUGAAGUCGAAGAAGCAGGAGAUCAACAAGAAACUCAACACCCACAACCGGAACGAGCCAGAAUACAAUAUUGGCCAGCCUGGGACGGAAAUCUUCAACAUGCCCGCCAUCACUGGAGCAGGCCUUAUGACCUGUAGAAGCCAGGCGGUGCAAGAACACGCCAGCACCAACAUGGGGCUAGAGGCCAUUAUUAGAAAGGCACUCAUGGGUAAAUAUGACCAAUGGGAAGAGCCCCCGCCGCUCGGCGCCAAUGCUUUUAACCCUCUGAAUGCCAGUGCCAGUCUGCCCGCUGCCGCUAUGCCCAUAACCACUGCUGACGGACGGAGUGACCACGCACUCACCUCGCCAGGUGGUGGUGGGAAAGCCAAGGUUUCUGGCAGACCCAGCAGCCGAAAAGCCAAGUCACCAGCGCCAGGCCUGGCGUCCGGAGACCGACCGCCUUCUGUCUCCUCAGUACACUCGGAGGGGGACUGCAAUCGCAGAACACCACUCACCAACCGUGUGUGGGAAGACCGGCCCUCAUCUGCAGGGUCCACGCCAUUCCCCUACAACCCUUUGAUUAUGAGGCUACAGGCAGGUGUCAUGGCCUCGCCGCCCCCACCUGGCCUCGCCGCAGGCAGCGGGCCUCUAGCUGGUCCCCACCACGCCUGGGAUGAAGAGCCCAAGCCACUGCUGUGUUCACAGUACGAGACGCUCUCGGACAGCGAGUGACCACAGAUUGGGGGGGGAGCGGUGCCAGGCCCCUACAUGAGGCAGAAGCAGCCCAGCAUGGAGCAGACAGCUGCCGACUCCCCUGACUGAGGAAGGAGCCCCUGAGUCUGCCUGCGCGUCCAUCCGUCCGUCCAUCCACUCAUCUGUCCAUCCAGAGCUGGCAUCCUGCCUGUCUAAAGCCUUAACUAAGACUCCCGCCCCGGGCUGGCCCUGCGCAGUGACCUUACACUCAGGGGAUGUUUACCUGGUGCUUGAGA